AUGCCCAGUCGUGAGACACACUUCCGCUUCUACCUACCUGAUCCAGAGGCGGUGAAUCAGGGUCUCACAUGCCCUAAUGUUUGUGCAAAGUACAAACAAAUUGAGGAAGAGUUAAAUAGUGGAUCAUGGACGAGACCUCAAAAAGUGUUCACUCAGCUGUUGAAAGCAUUCCAUGAGGGGCGGUCUCAUGGAGAUACUGAGUCUAACAAGUCUAUCGGGGUGGCGACCGGACAAGGUGAAACAGAAGGUCUCCGAGAGGGUUUCAGCGAGGAUUGGCAGGAAUUGUUUUCCUUGUCAGUGGAUGUGCUUCGGAAGUUGAACCAUGAGCUUGCACAAGCCAUGGCCGCCAAAGCUUUGUAUGAUUUCCAUUUUGACGAUGAUCAGGAAGAAGCGGCAUCUUUGGCUCUGACUUUCACUGACCUCCAGGAGUUCUACGAGGAGAUGCAACGUAAUUCUUUUACGAGCGACGGUCCAAGAUGGGAGAAGCCAAAGAGAGAGGAGUUGUUGGUUACUUUCGGAACUAUUUUGAAACAUGUCAGACCAGAGGGAGAAGAAUCAGAUGAUUCAAGUGAAUCCAUAAGUGAGGAAGGUGCAGAGGAGAAUACAGUGGUUUCUAAUAGCUGA